AAUGACGAUCAAUCUCUCUUGACCAAAAGGCCAGCCCUCCUAGAUCUCGGGCCGCCGCGCGCCGCGUCGCUCUAGCUAGCUAGCUAGCUCUGUGCGAAAUUUCAGGUACCGUAAUCGCGCCAUUGUUUUGCAAUUCCAUCGACGUACCGUACGUUGCGUUGUGAGAGUUGAGCUCGAAUUUUACGAAAUUGUCAGAGAAGAUCUAUCAUCUAACAUCAAUUGUGAGUUGUUCAUCACAUCAUCUUGUUGAGAUAACAGUAACUUGAAUAUAUACUUGGAUGUUUUGAAGGAAAUGCGAAAUGGCUUUGAAUAUAACGCGAUGUUGCUCCAGAGCAAUACCCAGUUGGUUGAGGACAUCUCCUGGAUAUCAUAGAUCAGUCCGUCAAACAAGUAUGGCAUCACGACUACAGAGUAUUGGGGUUUUAGGAGUACCCAUCAAUAAAGGCCAGGACAAAGAUGGUGUGGUAUAUGGGCCAACAGUUUUAAGAGAUGCUGGACUGAUAUCAUCCAUUGAAGAGCUUGGUCAUAGAGUAAUUGAUCAUGGAGAUCUUGUCUUCCCCGCUCAGGAUGAGGAGACGGCUACUGUCAAUCAUGUCAAAAAUGCACCAUUCCUUGGUAAAGCACUUAAAAAGAUAUCAAAAGGAGUAGAAGACAUUACGAAACAGGACCAGCUUUGUGUAACUCUCGGUGGAGACCACGGCAUCACCAUCGGUUCCCUCCACGGACACACCCGAUCAAGACCGGACCUGUGCGUCCUGUGGGUCGACGCACAUGCCGACAUCAACGUACCUCAGACCUCUCCGUCCGGCCACCUCCACGGCAUGGUGCUUUCAUUUGUUUGUCAUGAACUGCGUCAUUACUUGCCUAAACUUCCAAACUUUGAUUGGUUAGAUUCUUGUAUCUCAUGUAAAGAUAUCGCCUAUAUUGGACUCCGGGAUGUGGAUGUAGGAGAGAGACAUAUUUUAGAGAAGCAUGGAAUCCAGAUAUUUUCUAUUCAUGAUGUUCAGAAGUAUGGCGUGGCUGAGGUCUUUGCAAGAGCUAUGGAUAUGAUAAAUCCAAGAGGAACACGUCCAGUUCACUUGAGCUUUGACAUUGAUUCUCUGGAUCCGGGUGUAUCAGCUAGUACCGGCACACCAGUUCUUGGAGGACUCACUUACAGAGAAGGCAUAUAUAUUGCAGAGGAAAUAGCCCAGACAGAUAUGCUGAGCUCAAUGGACUUGGUUGAAGUGAAUCCACAGUUAGGAUCCCCAUCCCAACAGGAAUCAACUAUCAACGCUGGUGUGGAUGUCAUCUUAGCCGCUCUGGGCAAACGUAAAGAGGGCAAUGUACCUGUUGGCUAUGAGAUCUCCAUACCUUGGGAUGAUAAUGAGCGAUUUGUUUCACAGAAAUCGGAUGAAGCAGAGAGACAGAGAAGAGAGAGGAACGUACAAAGAUGAAAGAAAAGGGAAAGUAAGAAAGUAUUUGGACUUGUUGAAACGAAGGCUGUCAACUUUGUUUUUAUCACAAAGUGCAAAUGUUUAGCCACCAUUAUUAUGACUAAGGUAGGCAUUAACAAGGUAGCAUUUCAGCUUUGAUUUGUAAUAUUGCUAAUGGAGGUUUAUUAAUAUUCUUUAGUUUCAUUUUCCAACAUUGGAAAUGUAUAUGAUAGCAUUUACAUUAAUAUUCUUUUAGUGUACUUCUAGAAAUACUGUAGUAGACUGAAAUAUAACUCCAGACUUAAGAGUAUUCAGAUAUUUAAGUAUUAUUCAUUCUUUUCAAUAUUCACUUUCGUUGAUUUGGCAAGAUAUUUUCAAUCAUUUGUUUCGCAAUAUAUGAGUACUAGAUCACUUUUCUAUUUUCUUCCUGUCUGAAAGGAUGAAUGCCUUUUAACUAAAUAUUAUAAUGUGGUGCUGGUAAAUAAUUAUAAACAUCAUCAUUACACACUGCAAAAAAUGUUAAUGAGUCCAAAUUUACCUUCCCAUGUAUUUGAAAAUAGCUUUUGUAUUUAACCAGCCUGCAUUUAAUUCUCAUUUUCAGCAUGAAUUAUUAUGUGCAAUGUAUUGGUUUUUGUUCAUUUGAUGGGCUGAUAAUACUAAGUUCAUGAGCUUAAAGAUCAAAGUGUAGGUGAAAGGUUAGUCUUGAAUUUACUUGAUUAUAUCAUUAGACUGGUUACAUUUAUUUUAAAGGGACCACAAACCAGCAGGGCUAAUAGCCCCAACUCAAGUUCCUAACUACUUCUCACAUGUUGCUUGGUUAAUUACCCAUAAUGCAACAGUCUAAGCAGUUCUUAUAGUCUUGUAACAUAGGCACACUUGAAUGAUAACACACUAAUUCACUACUCACUACACUAAUUGUGCAUCUUACCAAGUAGCAAAACAGGUAGUUUUCCUCUAAAAGUCUAAAAAACACUUAAGUUUGUCUGAGAAAAAAAAUUAUCAGUGAAGUUUCUCUCUGUAGUUAUCUCAAAAGGCAUAUUUUAAGACCAGUUAUUGAUAACUCACAGUCAAUGGAAGGCACUGUAGGUCAGUUUGCUCCCCCUUUAAAGUCAUUAUGCAGUAUUUAAUUGUAAGAAUAUAAACUUGGGGCUAGCUAGCACUCGCUUGUUUGUAGAAUCUCAUUGUAGAAUGUAAUUUGGUUAUAUUUAGUAUAAAGGCCACACUGUAUUAAUGAGAAUGGAUAAAUAUUAUCUUGAUAUUUUCUUACAAUUUAUAUAACAUUUAUUCAUGUUCAUGUUAUUUGAAAUAUAAAACCUUAUUAAAAGCAAAUAAUAUAGUACUAAAAUGUAGAUUGACAUUCUUUUAAAAAUAUUGCUCACAUUAUAUUUUAUUGUACUGCUUCAUUGAACAUGUAUGGUAUUACUUAUCAUGAUAUAUAAUUAUGUAUGUGAUUAAUAUUCUUAUAUAUUUUGUAAUUGGAAGUAUCUAAAAUGUCAUGAAUUUUUAUGUUUUUCUUGGGGGCGCCGUGGUCUAGUGUUUACGACUCACGUCUUUCAACCAGAGGUGGUGGGUUCAAAUCCAAGCCAUGGCGUUUUUCCUUCAGCAAGAAAUUUAUCCACAUUGUGCUGCACUCAACCCAGGUGAGGUGAAUGGGUACCCGGCAGGAUUAUUCCUUGAAUGCACCAAGCGCCUUUAGCAGCUGGAGCUAAAACCAGGGUAAUAUAUUGUGUGCCAUUGAAUAGGCAACUAGAUAAUCGGCGCCUCAUAACUGCUAUAUUAUUUUUAAUAAUUUGUCAUUCUAUAAAAGAAUAUGUUUUUAAAUAUUUAUUUUUAAACGAUAUUGGGAGUAGUAUGUUACAGCAGCUUAUUCAAAAGUGUAAAACAUUGAUUUUAAAGAUUCACUGCACCAAAGCAUAAUGUAAUAUAAGUACUACAUGUAAGUGCUGGAAUAUGGUAAAUCAUAAUCAUUGGAGCACAAGAAUUGUAGUUUUUAGUAAUUACUUUUAUAUGUUGUUAGUUUUAUGUUGAUCAUGAAUAUCAGUAAAUCACUCAAUUAUAUAUUUAAAAAAAGUGUAUUAUUUCUGCCUGGAAAAGGAUCAACUCGGUUGAUUGGUCAUUUUAGUGUCAUGUGAUAAAACAACUCCUCAUGCAAACAACACAAUGUCAUGGAAAGAAAUAGCUGUCUUGAUAGAAGAAUCGCUAAUAUGAGGGUUAGAUGAUAAUUAGAUCUGUUCUGGUCAAUAGAAAAUAAUUGAGCACAUUGCCUUGGAGAGUUAUAGCUGUUCCAAAAAUUGAAUAAUUAUACCAUUUACUGAUUCCAUCUACAUGUAUUAACCAUUUCCUGCUGUAUUACAUCGUACAAAAUCUUGCACAAAAAGUAUAUUUUUAAUUUUGACACUUAGAUAAUUGGUUUAUGUAUCUGCACAAGAUCAAUUAAUGGGGCAGUAAAAUUAUUAUGUGUUCUAAUUUAUUUAAUUCAUGCAUUGCUUAUAGUGAAGUCAAUAUAUAGUCUACAGUUUUACUCUUUAUUUAUUAAAAGAUCUUGAAAGGGUCUGGAUAGAUUAUUAUGCCCUCCCUUUUAGUUCCAUAGUAGGGAGUUUUCACAACCACUAUGCAGACGCCUUCUGGAAUCUAUUGUCAAAAGCCCUUCAUGACAAAGCAGUCUUUGUCAAUAAUUGGUGAAUCAAAACAGCGGUGUCUCCUGGACUCUGGACAAAGGACAUAUUUGCAAUUUUUCGUCCGGUCAGAAUCUUAUAGGACAAUCUGCUGUCCCAGUCCACCAACUUUCGACAAAAACCUCUCAGCUGUCCAUUGUAAUUUGACGCGUAUUUUCAAUAGAUUAACCACGUUGCAGAAUCCAUGCCUGUUGUAUUUGCCAAAACUCUCUUUUUUCCACCCAGACCAUACAGACUGAAUUUUACCAUAUUGUCUAGUUAUGUUUUAUGAAUUCUGUAUUGUCUUCAUUAUAUAAUACAGUUUUUGUAGUAUUUCUUUGAAGGGUGGAGACCUAAUGGAUGGAUGCACUUGCAUGGAUAAUUCAUGGGGAAUACAAAUCAUGAAAUGAUGUGGUUUCUCUGCCUACAAGUUUGGACCUUCAUGAAUAAGAAUGCUGUAUAGUAUGUUCUGUCAUACUUUAUUAUCAUUUUGGUCUAUAAUGGGACCAGUUUUUGGUUUAACCUUGACUGAGAGAAAGGUGCAAGUAAUAUGUUCAGUUUACCUUUUGAAUAAAUUAUUUAGUUAUUGGCUGAAUAAGACAUUCAUUGAAAUAUAGUAGUAUUGGUGAUAUAUUCAAGUUUAUGUAUGUUUCUUCUCUUAACAACCAUUUAAGUAUUGUAUUAUAGAGCAAACCUUAUAUCUAAGAUCAAGAAAAAAGAAUUAUACAAGAUUUGAAUACAUUUACCGGUAUUUACAAUGGUUACUCAAUUAAUUAUGUGUACUAGAAAGUAAUAAUUCCCAGGUAUGUGUUCAUGCUUUGAAGAAAGAAAAAAGAUUCAACAUAUCCCCUGAACAUUGUGCCAAUGUUAUUUUAUAUUUUCUCUCUUCUGUUAAGGGUUAUUUCAGGGCUAGUACAUAGCCUCUAUUUUAAAGAAAUGUAUCUAUGUUUUAUAUAUCAUUGGAUUCAGUUUGCAAUUUGAUUUGAUUCUAUCUGUAUAUGAAUGUUGUAUUCCAUCCAUAAUUCGAUUCCAAUCAUGUCUAUUAUUGUUUGAAGCAUUUGUCCAUGUAGUUGUCGUGGAGUAGGUAUUCUUUUUGCUUCCAUUUACCUCUACUUAGCACAAUUUCACAUAGUUUAAAUUAUGAAAUGUACCUAUAAGUAUUUUUUCAAAUAAAGAUAUAGCUUGUUCAUGCCUUGCUAAUAUGGAAGAUGAUUCUAACGAUUUAUCGUAUUGUAAUAUAGUGAUAAGAAUGGUCUAAAUUCACAAAGUUUUAAAAACUAUAGAUUUGAAACCAUGGUUAAGUAUAUAUUUCAAAUACAGGCAUGAAGUGCAUUUUCACACUUUCACUGAGAAACCUCAAAAUGUUUAUACAUGCCUUUUUUUUCAAAGAUGCUAAAUUUAUGCUUGCUGUUAUGAUUUGAGACCAAGGCUUACAUGUAUUUGAAUUUGAUAUACUAAAUCUGUGGGCUCAUUAAAUAAUCAUUAAUUGUGGGUUCAUCUGAAUAAACUCAACUGAUUUAAUAUGUAUCAACUUUGCACUCUAUAUUACUCUUGUUGCUUGAACCUUUUUCAUUCUAUGUGCAAAAUGAAGUGUAUUUGAUGCUUGAAAUAUGCAUAAACCGUAUUUUCAAAAAUACUUAUGUGAAUUCAGGCCAAUAAUUAUGUUCAAGUGAAUGUAUAUUAUCUGCCAGCAGCAGUGAAUGAGAUAUAGCUCGUUAUAAUUUAAUUAUGGCCUUGACAGGUGAUUCAAAUACUGAUUUUGCAAACUUAGCUCUAGUUUGAAGAUCAAUGGAUUCUUGAUAUUCCAUUUUAAUUUGACAAAUUUUAGUGAGCUUUUACUG